UCCUCGCGGACGGCAACUUGGACGAAGCUUUUGAAUCGUUUUUCCCCUUGUCACUAUAUUAAAAGCAACUUGAAAUUGAUUGCUAUCCCAUUUUCCAUUGCAGGCAUCCCCUAAACGUGGAUCCCAAUAAACUAUGAAGACCGAUUAUGCAAUGCGAAGGCCAGCAGAAGAAGCAAAGAUUCAAGAACACCCACCAGGAACGGAAAGCCUACCAUGCGAGCUUGCCCUUGACAUUCUAUCAAGACUACCCAUAACGCAUUUAAUAAACGUUAAGCGGGUAUGCAGAUUCUGGCGUAGCUUGGUACAGCAUCCACUUCUUGCUAGUAUGCAUUUCUCCCGCAUCGCUAACAACAAUGACCCAUGUCUUCUCUUGCUCUGUGACUUGCCCAUCAAAAGCCAUCUCUACUCUUUGCAUUUUUCUGCUCUUGAUGAAACAAUCAUCGAGACUGUGACUAGAAUUCCUGUGCCUGUGAUUCCUAAGUUUCUUGUGAUAGGUUCUUGUAAUGGCUUAUUGUAUUUGCUGGAUUCUCUCCAGCAAAGGGCAAAUUACAUAUACAAUCCUUUUACCAGUGAUUACCUAGAGCUUCCUGAACCAGGACAGGUAUUGAACCAACACCGAGUUGCAACUGGAUUUGGUUUCCAUUCAACUACGAAGGAGUAUAAGGUGGUCAGAGUCGUCUAUUAUAGAAAUAACAAAGAGGAAGGGACCAAUUUCCAGAAAAGGAGAUACUCUUUGCCAAGAUCAGAGGUUCAGGUUUUAACUGUUGGCAAUGGAAGCUUAACCUGGAGAAGCAAAGGGGAAACAUCAUACCAACUUCUUGGAAACCCAUCUCAUGUGGUAGUGAACGGAAGACUUCAUUGGUUGAGCUGUCGAUACAGAAAUCAGUCACUUCGAAGGCUCAUCUCCUUCGACCUGGCAGACGAACAAUUCCGAGAGGUUCCGUGUCCGGUUGGAGCGAGCUUUGGCAGGCAUUGUUCUCAUCUAGCGACUCUAAGAGGCUGUCUCUCAGGGGUUGUACAAGGUUUUAGAAGACUUUACAUAUGGGUCAUGAAAGAAUAUGGGGUGAAGGAAUCUUGGGUCAAGGAAUUCACCAUAGGAGUAAAGUUGCCAAGAGAGUUGGAACCAUAUCCGAAUCAAUCUAUCAAUCUUCAAGAGUUUCAUUUACCUUUAUCACAAACAAAAGUCUUAUGUCUUCUUAACAAUGGUGAGAUCCUACUAGAAUUCAGAUGCGGAACUCUAGUUUGUUAUGACACAAAAUCUGGGGCGUUCAAGGAGCUUAUCAUUUUCCAAGAUUUGCCAGAAUGGUCUAAUGCAAUUGUACAUGUAGGCAGCCUCAAUUGGAUUGACACCCCCAUUCAUUUCUGAUACAGAACAGGGUAUUAUUUGCUUCUUGAGAAUAAUAUUUGAUUAUUUUCUUUGUAGAUAACAAGUAGCAAAUGAGUUGUGAAAAUAUUGUCUCUGCAAUGCAAGAAAAGGCUCAUUACUAUUACUGCAAACACUUACUUUUUAAAGCUUCUGCGACUGUACUCUUACUGAUUUUUUUUGCAGGAUUAUUAUUAACUCAUACA